CAAGCCGACUUGAUCCUCGCCCUGCACCACUCCCCUCGUCGUUCCAGCCCACAGCAUGCAUUUGCAUGCGGCGGCGAGCGGCCUGGACCGGUAUUACAACCCACUUCCGCCCGGCACGCGCGGCAUCACGGUCGAGUGGACUGGCGGCAACACGCGGCGCCUCCGCGAGGCGGGUCUGACCGAGCUCCACGCGCUCCAGUCGAUCGCCAUGGCGAUCCGCACUUUCCUCGAGGACGUAAAGGAGCACGAGCACGAGCACACCUCGCGCCACUGGUGCUUCAAGGUCGCUGUUAGUCAGGACAACACCGCGGGCGAGCUCCCUCUGAGCGACGUCCUCCGCGUCCAGGUCUGGCCCGUCUCGUCCGGCGGGAGCGUCAGGCUUCCUUCCUUCAACGACCCGAGAAAGGCCUACCUGGUCAGAGCUCCGGCCGUCGACCACCCGAACGGCAUUCACGCCUCACUCUGGAACGAGCUCGCCGAGCCGGAGCUCGACGGGCAAUCGGGCGGUGCGCGCACGUCGGUCGCGUUUCGCUGGCACUGGUUCGACUCCACGCGCUACCCGCCGAGGACGGCCCAGGACAAGAAGCGCAGGGUCCUGCAGGCCUACGAGAAGGACGUCGUGCUCCUUACGAGCGAGUCGGAGUACAAGCCGUCGGCCGACUACAUCUUCGUCACCUUCUUCGCGCAGGAGCCGCGCGCGCCGCGCUGA